UCUGAGGCGGCGAGCGGACGCCGCUGUGACGGGCGAGGACAGUCGGGGGCGGGGCGGCGCGGAGGGGCGGGGCUGCGGAGGUCGGGACGGUGCGCCGGGAGGCAGAGACUUGCCCAGCGCGGUGCUGCCGAGCGCCCCUCGCCCAGCUCCCGCAGCUCCGGCGCCCUCGCCCCGCGCCCGCCAUGCCCGAGCAGCUCAGCGUCGCCGAGUUCCUGGCCGUCACCACCGAGGACCUCAGCUCCCCGGCCGGGGCCGCCGCCUUCGCCGCCAAGAUGCCCCGGUGUCGGGGGGCGGCGCUGGCGCGGGAGGAGAUCCUGGAAGGAGACCAGGCUAUCCUGCAGAGAAUAAAGAAGGCUGUGCGUGCCAUCCACAGCUCUGGCCUUGGCCACGUAGAAAAUGAGGAGCAAUACCGAGAGGCUGUGGAGUCAUUAGGCAACAGCCACUUGUCCCAGAACAGCCACGAACUGUCCACGGGCUUCCUGAACUUAGCUGUGUUCACCCGUGAAGUGGCUGCACUCUUCAAAAACCUGGUUCAGAACCUGAACAACAUUGUCUCCUUCCCCCUGGACAGUAUGUUGAAGGGACAGCUGAGGGACGGGCGACAGGAUUCCAAAAAGCAGUUGGAGAAGGCAUGGAAGGACUACGAAGCCAAAAUGGCCAGGCUGGAGAAGGAGAGGGACCGCGCCAAGAUGACAGGAGGGAACCCCAGUGAGGUAGCCCAGGACACUCAGAGAGAGCGGCAUGUCUUCCAGCUGCACAUGUGCGAGUAUCUGCUCAAAGCCGGGGAGAGCCAGGUGAAGCAAGGACCUGAUUUCCUGCAGAGCCUCAUCAAGUUCUUCCAUGCUCAGCACAACUUUUUCCAAGAUGGCUGGAAGGCUGCUCAGAGCCUGUCCCCCUUCAUUGAGAAGCUGGCAGCCUCAGUACACACACUGCGGCAGGCCCAGGAGGAGGAGUUGCAGAAGCUGACCCAGCUCCGGGACUCCCUUCGAGGGACACUGCAGCUCGAGAACAGAGAAGAGAAUCUGAGCAGGAAGAACUCAGGAGGUGGCUACAGCAUCCACCAACACCAGGGCAACAAGCAGUUUGGGACAGAGAAGGUGGGCUUUCUGUACAAGAAAAGUGAUGGAAUCCGAAGAGUCUGGCAGAAAAGGAAGUGUGGCGUCAAGUACGGCUGCCUGACCAUCUCACACAGCACGAUCAACCGGCCCCCAGUGAAGCUGACCCUGCUGACCUGCCAAGUGAGGCCCAACCUCGAGGAGAAGAAAUGCUUUGAUCUGGUUACACACAACAGGACAUACCAUUUCCAGGCGGAGGAUGAACAUGAGUGUGAGGCGUGGGUGUCGGUGCUGCAGAACAGCAAGGAUGAAGCCUUGAGCAGUGCCUUCCUGGGGGAGCCCAGCUCCUGCCCGGCGCCCUGGGGAGGCGCCGCUGGGCUGGACGGGGAACCCCAAGACCUUACGAAGCUGCUCAUCGCCGAGGUGAAGAGCAGGCCCGGGAAUGGCCAGUGCUGCGACUGCGGGGCCGCAGACCCCACGUGGCUCAGCACCAACCUGGGCGUGCUCACCUGCAUCCAGUGCUCAGGCGUCCACCGCGAGCUGGGCGUGCGCUUCUCGCGCAUUCAGUCCCUCACCUUGGACCUGCUGGGUCCCUCCGAGUUGCUGCUUGCCUUGAACAUUGGGAACACGCGCUUCAAUGAGGUCAUGGAAGCCCAGCUGCCCUCAAACGGUGGAGCUAAACCCUCAGCCGAGAGUGACAUGAGCACCCGCAGAGACUUUAUUGUGGCCAAGUAUGUGGAACACAGGUUUGCCCGGCGAGUUCCGCAUGACCCCCAGAGAGUCCGGACAGCCAUUUGCAGCCAGGAUCUUCUGUCAGUACUGGAGGCUUUUGCUAAUGGGCAGGACUUUGGACAACCUCUGCCUGGGCCAGAUGGGCAGGCACCUGGAGAGCUUGCCCUGCACUUGGCCAUCAGAGUCGCUGACCAGACCUCUCUGCCCCUGGUGGAUUUCAUCAUCCAAAAUGGCGGUCACCCAGAUGCCAAGGCUGCUGAUGGAAACAGCGCCCUGCACUGUGCUGCUCUCUAUAACCAACCUGACUGCCUCAAGCUGCUGCUGAAAGGGAGAGCCUCGGCUGGCACAGUGAACGAGGCAGGAGAGACAGCUCUGGACAUUGCCAGGAAGAAGCAACACAAGGAAUGCGAGUUGCUGCUGGAGCAGGCCCAGGCUGGAACCCUGGCCUUCCCUCUGCACCUGGACUACUCCUGGGGGGUGUCUCCAGAGGCUGGCUCUGACAGUGAGGAGGAGGAGGAAGAGAAGCAGCGCUGCCCUCUGAAAACCCCAACCCAAGCCCGCUGGACCAGUGGGAGACUGGAUAUCAGCAACAAGACCUAUGAGACCAUUGCCAGCAUGGGACCAGCUACCCCUCAGAGCCAGAAUGAGAAUUCCCCUCCACCCUUGCCAGUUAAGAACCCUUCCCGGACUGUGGUCCCAGCGCGUGCAGGAUAUGGCAGCGGAGAUCGACCAGAAGCUCCCACCCUGAGCUUGGAGCCCCAUGGACCCCCUGAGAGCCUCGCCAGUCCAGCUUCCUCCUCCUCCAGCCUCACGAGCCCUGUGGAACAUGGAGGACCCAGUCAAACUCAGCUGGGCUCUGAAGAGGGCCUCUGGGAGUCCCCAGGCCUGUCCCGGCCUGGCCUGAUGUCUGGAACCGCCCCUGUGGAGACAUACCCCCCAGUCAGAUUCAGCUCCGAGAGCACUCGCUCCUAUCGACGUGGGGCCCGGAACCUGGAGGACUGUCCCUCAGCCAGGCAGCCUCUCCUAAGAAGGAACACACCGGCUGGCUUCACCGAUGGAGACGGCUCAAGGACUGGGGUUCUUCCAGCAAGUUCUGUGCAGCUUUUGCAAGACUAGCUCCUUGCUGGCCCUCAUGUGUCUGAACCACCCCAUGCUGGACCCCAAUAUUCAGAGCUAGGACUUGAACCCAUGAGACUGGGGAGCUGACGUGUUCAUUCCCCUCCAACUUGACUUUGUCCCUUGUGCCUCUGUAGCUGCCCUUCUCUCUUGCUGUGAAGCCAAGACACCCACCCUUCCUAGCCUGAGCUGACAAUCCAAUGUCUCUCCUGUCUCAUUGCCCCCAGGCACCAGGGAGCCCUGUGGAUGGAUCUAAGUGCUGCUGAGCUAGCUUCAGCUAUAGAACCUCAGUCCUCAUCAGUCGAGGCCUCAUCUUCCAUCAUUCUGGAGUGUUCACAAGAAUUGGACCAGCCGCUCCAUCAUUCUCCAGACCAGGAAUUCUGCCAGACUAGGCACUUUCUUUUCUGCCAUUCUUAGCUUGUCUGCUGUUCCUGCAUCCCAAUUCUAUGUCUAUAACUGUGCGGGGCAUUGCAGAUGUUGAAUGAGGAAGACGGGGUCCUGCAGAUGUGAUCUCUUGCUGGGAAAACUGAUCUCAAGGGGAGAUGGGCUUGGGAAUGCAUAGGACUAGAUCCUGGAUAUGGUUCUGGAUUCACGGGCAGACUGGUUUAUAUCUGUAUGACAUUGCCAUUAUCUAUAGCCUUUGUCCAUCCAGGGUCAAUGUCCAUACUGUGCUGGCCUCUAAAUGAGUAUCCUGAGUAUCGCUUCAUUUAAGGAACAGUGCAGCCUUCCUGGAAACCUCGCCAGGUAUUCAUUCCCCAGCUAAGAAGAAGAGCAAUAUUUACUCCUGUUAGCCUAUUCCCCUAAUUUAGCAGGAAAGAAAGGAGUGGUUUGAGACUGGGGUGAUGUUAUAGCAGGAUGGGUACUUGCCUUGCACAUGGCAGCCUCAGGUUUGAUUCCCCAGGACCCCGAUGGUCCCUGAAUCCUCCAGGAGCAGUCACUGAGUGAAGAGCCAGGAGUAAGCCCUGAGCACUGCCAGAUGUGCCCCAGCAUCCCCCCAAAAGGAAUGGUCUGGAAGUCCAGAUUUCUUUCUCCUUUUUCCCUCAGUCACCAUAAGAGUCUUUUAGUCUUAGGAAAGGUGAAAGACAAACAAGGAGAGGGUUGAAGUAGGAGGGCAGAGACUCAAAGGUUCUGCCUCUAGUGCCAGGAGGCCCAGGAGGGUUCCACGUCCAAAAGCUUCACCAAUCACUAACGCCAGCUGUACUGCCACUGGGCUCGGGGCCCUGGGUGGGAUGUGCCAGGCCAAGCAGGAGAAGCUGUGAGUGACCAACGCAGUCUGGCUGGGAGACUCGCUCUCUUUUGCAUGCUAAAUGGUCUGCAAUGCCCCCCAGACGUGGGUGAACUUUUGAGUCCCCCCUCCUCACGCCCCAUCUGCUGGUUUUAUUCAUCUCAGACUUGUUAUUUUGCUCAUCUCUAAUAAACUAUUUUUUUAAAUAAUUCCAUUGGUUUCAUUUCUGUGAUCUGAAGAGCAGUAGGGAAGGGAAUGUUAGGACUUCGCACCGUUUCUCCAGACCUCGGAUGGGAGAAGCUGAGGGUAGCAGCAGUUGGCAACAUUUGGCAAUGCAAAG